AUGGUGAUGGAGACGGAGUAUUACGAUGUGCUCGGCGUUAGUCCCACCGCUACGGAGGCUCAGAUUAAGAAAGCUUACUACAUCAAGGCACGCCAAGUACAUCCAGAUAAAAACCCUAAUGAUCCUCAGGCUGCUCACAAUUUCCAGGUGUUGGGAGAGGCCUACCAAGUGCUAAGUGAUCCAGAGCAACGUGAGGCCUAUGAUACGUGUGGGAAGUCUGGGAUUUCUACGUUAAUCAUUGAUCCUGCGGUAAUAUUUGCUAUGCUUUUUGGGAGUGAACUUUUCGAAGAAUACAUAGGGAAGCUUGCUAUGGCAUCAAUUGCUUCACUUGAUAUUUUUUCUGAAGAGGACAAGAUUGAUUCUAAAAAGAUUAUAGAUAACAUGAAGGUUGCUCAGAGAGAAAGACAAGACAAGCUUGCUCAGAUUCUUAAGGAUCGCCUCAACUUAUAUGUAACGAACAAAGAAGAAUUUAUUAGCAAUGCUGAAGCUGAAGUAACAAGACUUUCAAAUGCAGUAUAUGGUGUGGAGAUGUUGAACACAAUCGGAUAUAUAUAUGUAAGACAAGCAGCCAAAGAGCUUGGAAAGAAAGCUAUAUAUCUCGGUGUACCAUUUGUUGCUGAAUGGUUUAGGACGACAGGCCACUUAAUCAAAUCCCAAGUAACAGCUGCAACAGGCACAUACGCUUUAUUCCAGCUGCAACUGGAAAUCAAAAGGCAGCUAAGUUCUGUAGGCAAUUAUACUGAGGAGGAAAUUGAAGAGUAUAUAAAGUCCCAUAAGAAUGUGUUGAUUAAUUCUUUAUGGAAAGUCAAUGUUGCUGAUAUCGAAAGCACCAUCUCCCGUGUUUGUCAACUGGUUCUUCAAGAUCCCACUGCCAAGAAAGAGGAGCUUUGUGCAAGGGCAAAGGGGUUAAAAACUUUGGGGAAGAUCUUCCAGAAGAACAAGAUAGCCAGUGAGAGUGAUCCAUUAUUAAGAGCGAGUGCCGGUACAGACUUCUGUGCCCUUUAA